AUGAGCUCUACAUUGCUUACAACUGAAGUAAAGGAUAUGUACAAGGUUCCACCAAAAAGAAUACCACUAACCACUCGUUCCAAGUACAUGCAGGACAUGCUUUUUCAGGAAUAUUAUGAUGAGUAUAUAAAACAACUGCAUUAUCCACAAAAGACCAUUGAAUCUCUGAAAACUGAAUAUCUCGAUAAGUAUUAUAAGGAUGUUGCUGUGGAAAAUGCGGAAAUUGUAGAAAAUCUUAGAUCCCGUUUUCCGUUGUACCGUGGUAGAGCGAUAACAUUCUGGAAUCAAAGUGGGGAUGAAGCAAAACAAUUUAACUUAUAUGCUACGAUAACGAAAUCGGUACAUUUACAAAAUGUGCAAUUUGGUUAA